AUGGGCAUCCACCCUUCCCUCGCCUCAAUCUUUUCCGCGCACGGCCUAGAGCCAUCGGGUUCGGGACCCGUCUUCCGCACUGCAAAUGGAGAGUACUACGGCAAGGUGGCGCGCAGCCGCCGCGCCGCGGACCAAAUGCGGGGCGAAGCUGCCUCCCUAGCAGCGAUGCUACGGACCGCGCCGCCGGGCUUGGUUCCCAGGGUGUUGGGAUACGUUGACGCUGAUGUCGGGGCGCUGGUGACGGAGUACGCGGACGGAAGGGGAGGCAGAGGGGGACGGCAGGCGGCUUUGGGUCGAGCGUUGGCUGAGAUGCACUGUCCACCUCCUUCAGAGGCAGGAGCCGGAGGAGGAGAGGCGGUGGCCCAAAACGCCCUCGACAAGAUCACGGCCUAUACUGGCAAGUUCGGAUUCCCUGUGCCGACACACUGCGGAGUAACAGAGCAGGACAAUACCUGGACUGAGAGCUGGGAAGAGUUCUUCCGCGAUCGGCGGCUUGGUGAUCUCGUACGCCGUAUUGGCGAAGCGCGAGUGAACAAGGCGUGGGGCAGAUGUAAGGAGCGCGCCGUCCCACUCCUCCUUGGCAACAUUACACCGCCACCCGUGCCAGUGCCGCUACAUGGCGACCUCUGGCCGGGCAAUGUGGCGGGAGCGACAAUCUACGAUCCGGCCGGGUAUUAUGGGCACGGCGAGGCGGAUCUGGGCAUGACCCGGAUGUUUGGGGGUUUCUCCCAAGCAUUCUACGACGCGUACCACUCUAUCCAUCCCCAGAGUCAACCACACUACGACCAGCGGAUCAGGCUGUACGAGCUUUAUCACCAUCUCAACCACGCGCUCAUGUUCGGGGGCGGAUAUACCGGCGGUGCAGUGCGGAUUAUGGACGAGCUCGCAGACUGGGCCGAGGGCGUGAGGUCCUAA